GAGAGAGAGAGAGAGAGAGAGAGAGAGAGGAUAAGUUAAGGCUAGCUAGCGCGUCAAUCCACUUGCCCCUUGCCCACACCUGGAUGACGUGGCUUCAGACGCCCGAGCUCUCGGCCGGAACAAACCCGCAAAACUUUCACACACACGCAUCAAAUCUAAACACUAACACAAAUGUCAUGUACCACGCACCUUGUAUCCUUUUAAUCAAGCUCCACGUACUCAUCCGACACCAAAACAACCUGGCCAACUAGCUGCGAUAUACUCAUAUUAUCGUCAAAAUGGCUGAUGAAAAGGAAACAUCAUUGAUUUCGCGUAAUGUGAAAUAUCAGAAAGUGGAAGGAGCGGAAAGCCGCAGACUUGCGGAGGGUCGUUUGUCGUUUUGGCUGGUUGUAUCAACAUUAACAGUCUGUAUAGGAUCAUCGAUGGAAUUCGGAUACAACAUCGGAGUCAUCACUGGACCUUCGCCGUUCAUCCAGAGUUUCAUCAACGAAACCCUAUUCGAGCGAACGGGCGUCGAACCCAGUGAAAACAGUCUAACGUGGCUUUGGGCAGCAACGGUUUCUAUAUAUUGUGUCGGAGGAGGUUUAGGGGCUCUCUCUGGCGGCUACUGGGCCGAGAAAUUUGGCAGAAACCGCGGUCUUUUGUAUAAUAAUUUCAUCUCUAUUGUGGCGGCCCUUUUGAUGGGAUGUUGUUACUCUGCCAAGUCACCGGAGAUGCUCAUUGCUGGCCGUUUCGUCAUUGGCUUCAGCGUGGGUAUAUCAAUAACCAUCGUACCCGUGUAUCUGACUGAGAUCUCGCCUUUUAACUUGAGGGGCGCCAUCACCGUCACACAUCAACUACUCGUCACGAUUGGAAUUCUUAUUGGGCAGUGUUUAGGAUUCUUCGCCUUCUACAACCCUUCGACAUGGUCUGUGGUACUGGGCCUAACAGGGGUAACAACUAUCAUUGAGUUCGUAAUGCUGCCUUUCUGCCCCGAGAGUCCAAGAUGGUUGCUCAUCAGAAAAAACGACGAGGAAAAGGCUUUAAAAGCACUUCGACAGCUCCGCGGGAGGGACAACGUCGGGGACGAGAUUGAGGAGAUGAGAAGAGAGCAUCAGAACGAAAGCAACGUCGAGCGCAUCGGCGUGUUCGAUCUCCUAUGCCUUCGUGAUCGCUCAUGGUUGCUCCCUCUCAUCAUCUGCAUUGUCAUACACACCGGUCAACAACUCUGUGGAAUCAAUGCUAUUAUCUUCUACUCUACUGAGCUUUACGAGGCAGCCGGGAUGUCCCACAACGAGGUUGCUUAUGCCACGGUAGGCUUCGGGGCACUCAAUGUCUGUGUUACUGUCAUCUCCGUGUUGGUUGUCGAGCGAGCUGGACGACGACCCCUUCUACUCUACCCUUUCGGCAUUAUUGCCUUGUGGCUUAUCGGUCUCACCAUCUCUCUCGCUCUUCAGGCGCAGCAUGACUGGCUAAAGUGGGUAAGCUUGGUCUUCGUCUACCUGUACAUCAUCUUCUUUGCCAUCGCCGCCCCUCUGCCUUACCUAGUAUCAGCUGAACUCUGGUCUCAAGGGCCACGCCCUUCUGCUGUCAGUGUCUCGAUUCAGGUGAACUGGUGGACCAACUUCAUCGUCCAGCUUACUUUCCCUCCAAUACAGGGAGCCAUAGGUGAGUAUAUCUUCCUCAUCUACACAGUCUGCGCGAUCGCUACAACUAUCUUCAUCUACUUCUACGUGCCUGAGACCAAGAACCGAAGCUUUGACGAGAUCGCGUCGUCCUUCCGCAAAAAUCGGGACGGCAAUGGCAAUAUGGGGUUGGAGAACCGUCAGUAGUGAGUUUUUGAGAAUCAUCUUCAGCACACUGAUAAUAAAUCACCAACCAACAAAAUAAAUGAAUGCCGAUAGCUUGUUGUGAAUAUACAUAUAGAAAUAUUUUGUUUAAUAAUCAUGAUAAUGAUGAUGAUAUACCUUGUAUCGUCAUAUGCUUUUAACAAUCACUUGUACAAUAAAAAUGUAUAUUGUGUAGAGGUAGCUAGAAAUCGACGUUUUAUAACUUGAUUACGGUGAGUGUGUAUGAGUGUCUGUGAAAAUAACCGAGUCUUCCUCCGGGAGGCGGACUAUUAAAGCCAAAGUUAAUGUUGCAGUUUGGACCGGUCUGUUGUUGCCUAUAGAGUCAGUUUUUAAGAGUUUAGGAAUCGAAGAGUUUACCUCUCGAAGAGUGUAUACGUGUGGCGAAGCAAGGGGGGAUCCAGCCGGCGGCGAGGAUGGCCUUGGGGCUCAAGAGGGGGCCUUAUUCGUUAGAAAAUAUUUAGAGGGGACUCAGCCGGCCGGCCGAAUA